AUGAAGCCAACUACUACAGUCUUGGUGUCGCUAUGGGCAAUUACCGCCAUCGGGGCUCCUACGAACGAGUCACCGUUGACGGUAGAUCUCGGAUACGCUACCUAUCGAGGGUUUAUCAACCCCAAUACUGGAAACACUCAAUUCUUAGGAAUCCGGUAUGCAGCAACACCGACCGGUGACUUACGUUGGCGAGAACCAAGGGCGCCUCCGCCAAUUCCUGGUAUCUUGGAUGCUCGCGCCCUCCCACCUAAUUGCUACUCUGGCGGGGCCGGUACUCAGCCCCAACACCCUUAUGGAACCGUCCGAUUUCCCGUUGGACCGCACGCGGAAGUCCUGGAGAAACGGCAGAAUCCUCCAAACAGGUCUGAAGAUUGCCUCCAUCUGAAUGUCUACGUUCCUGGGUCCACACCUUCACCCGCUGAGAGAUCUGAACCACUCCCUGUCGUGGUUUGGAUACACGGCGGUGGAUAUGUCUCUGGGGGUGCUGGAAACGACGGCAAUGACCUUAUAACAGCUGCGAAUGGAGGUGUGGUAGUUGUCCAGAUCCAGUACCGAGUUGGCUUGUUUGGCUUCCUCGCUGGGAAGAAGGUCAAAGAAGGCGGCGUUCUGAACGCGGGUUUAUUGGACCAGCAAUUCGCCUUACAAUGGGUUCAACGACAUAUUCACAAAUUCGGUGGCGACCCUCGUCAGGUUACUAUCUGGGGCCAGUCCGCAGGUGCCGGAUCCGUGGUCCAACAUCUCGUUGCGAACGGCGGGAACACCACCCCUCCUCUAUUCCAAGGAGCGAUAACUAGUUCCACAUUUCUCCCAUCCCAGUAUAACUACGACGAUGCUAUGCCGGAAUCCCUUUACAACCAGACAGCGUCACUUUCUGGGUGUGAUGCGUCGGAAGAUUCCUUAGCUUGCCUCAGAGGCCUGGAAGCUAGCGCUCUUCAGGAAAUCAACGCGGCCUUGUGUGCCAGCGGCUUCCAAGGGACUUUUGUUUUCGUUCCGGUAGUGGACGGGACCUUCAUUAAGGAGCGCCCUUCUGUGACUUUCAGACGCGGUCGACUGAAUGGGAAACGCCUUCUCGCUGUCACCAACACUCAUGAGGGUCGAAUGUUCGUUAAUCCGAAUGCAACUUGGCUUGAGACAGAGAAUUACGCGUCACAGCUGUUCCCUUUAUUUGGACCCAGUCAGGCUUCAGCUGCGGCUAUUGUAUACAGGUCAUUCAGCUCGGACUACGACAAAGCCAGCGCCAUCAUGGGAGAAUCCAUCUUCACAUGCCCUACGUACUUCCUGCUCGAGGCCUUCAAAGGACCUUCGUAUAAGGGUCACUUUGCAGUGCCCCCCGCAAACCAUGCAGGCGAUGUCGCCUAUUAUUAUCCCUCAAAUGGACUUCCGGCUUGGAACAACCUCGAGUUUCGCAAAGCUUUCUCCGAGGCCUUUCUGAGCUUUGUGAUGACAGGUGAUCCCAACGCAAGAAGAGACCCUGAGACCACGCCAGAGUGGAGACGGUGGUCCUCAUCAAACCCAGUCGAAUUACUGUUCAACAGUACCGAAGCGGGAGACGCACCUCAGAUCGAGGCAAUUACUACUGCCAGGGAUCUUCGAAGGAGAUGCGACUUCUGGGAGCGGGUAGUCGGCCUUUCCGGUCAGUGA